AUGCAGAUCGCCUUUGUUGGUCAGAUUCGUAACAUCUCUACGCAAACCACCAAUAUUACAUACAAGCUUGAUGAUGGCACAGGGACGAUCGAAGUUAAACAGUGGGUGGACGCUGACACACAAAAUAAUAUGGACAUCGAUGGGGGAAAAGUGCAAUCGGACUCAUCAAAACCGAAGCUUACAGAGAACGAGUGGGCCAAGGUAUGGGGAAAGCUGAAGCAGUUCAACAACAGGCGACAUGUGGGAGCUCAUGUCAUCCGGCCGGUCACUGACAAAAUGGAUUUAACGUAUCAUUUGCUUGAGGCAACCUAUGUACAUCUCUAUUUCUCUCGUGGGCCAUUGGAUCAAGUCAAGCAAGAGCCAGGCAGUGGCGUCAACGGGGCCAGCAAUUACGGAGCGGGAGGCGACAUGGGUGGCCAACAGCUCCCAAGUAUGACACCAAAUGCGCGGAGAGUCUUCCAAGCUCUGAAGACGAGCCCACAGAAUAACGAGGGGUUACAUGUACAAAAUGUGGCCGCUAUCUGUUCCAUGAAUGUCGCAGACGUAAUGAAGGCUGGAGAGGAAUUGCUAAGCAACAGUCUGAUCUUCACGACAGUAGACGACAGUACAUGGGCUAUACUUGAGUUUUGA